UGUUCAAGGAAGCUCAGUCGACGUUCAACUUGCUAGGGGUAUAGAGGGGGUCAGUAGAGUUCAUGCUAUUGUUACUGAUUACGUGUCAAAGUGUGUGUCAAGUGUGUCACUGAUAACGAACUUUUUGGAUUUGUUUUUGCAAAGAGCUAAAUAAUAAAUAAUGAGGGGUCGAAUCAGCGUAGUAAAAUGGCCGCUGCGAAACGUCAGUGCCGCUCGAUUGAUAACGACUAGUACACAAAACACUAAACCGACCGAGAGUGCGUUAGAAAUCAGUCAAAAACCAGUUCAAACAUGUCCGGUAAAAGGAUUUCGCGCGAGAUCCACUCAUGCGGCGAUCGACACUUCCAUAUUUGACAUGGCUCCGUCGGUAAAAUCGUGGGAUGAAGUACCUGGACCACGCCCAUUACCGUUCUUAGGCAACACUUGGCGGUUCACACCUUAUAUCGGAGGAUAUUCAGUAGAGCACAUAGACAAAGUGUGUCUGUCUUUGCGAGCUGAGUAUGGGAACUGCGUGAAGGUGACCGGUCUGCUCGGGAGACCUGAUAUGCUGUUCGUCUUCGAUGCCAGUGAAGUGGAAAGGGUGUUCAGAGGUGAAGACGCGGCGCCGCAUAGACCAUCAAUGCCUUCUUUGAACUACUACAAACACACUCUGAGGAAAGACUUCUUUGGUGCAGAAGAAAACUGUGCGGGUGUUAUUGCAGUUCAUGGUGAUUCCUGGUCUGCUUUCCGAACCAAAGUAUCUCGGGUGGCGUUGAGCGCUGGGGCAGCAGCUCAGUACACGGUGCCCGUCGCUGAAGUAGCUGAAGCUUUCGUCCAAAGAGUACGACAAAUAAGGGAUGAGAAUUCAGAAACGCCGGGCGAUUUCCUGAAUGAAGUCCACAAAUGGUCUUUGGAGUCCCUAGGAUUAAUAGCUCUGGACACAAGACUCAAUUGCUUCGACGCGUCAGAAGACUCAGAGAGUAUGCGCUUAAUUCACGCCGUACAGACGUUCUUCCUAAGUGUGGGUGAACUCGAACUGCGCGCCCCCUGGUGGAGAUUAUACCCAACUAAGAUGUUCAGACAAUAUGUUGAGGCUUUGGAUACGAUCCUUAGCGUAACUCUCAGACACGUGGAGAAGGCGCUAAAGGAAUGCGAAGCUAAUGGCAGCAGUAAGUCACUGCUGCAGGAUCUCGUCACAGCAGCUGGGCCAAGAGUGGCAGCGGUAGCGGCACUAGACCUGUUCCUAGUAGGAAUUGACACAACAUCAAACGCAGUAGCUUCAAUUCUAUAUCAGCUAUCUUUAAGGCCCUCGGUACAAGAAAGGUUGUACGAAGAAAUUACCAAAGUUCUUCAAGGCAGACCAAUGAAACCAGGAGAUGUGAAUCAGAUGCCGUACCUGAAGGCGUGCGUUAAAGAAGUUAUGAGGAUGUACCCUGUUGUCAUUGGUAAUGGACGGCAGCUGACGAAGGAUACUGUCAUCUGUGGAUAUAAUAUACCAAAGGGGACUCAAGUAAUAUUCCAACAUUACGUGAUGGGGAACAGUGACGACUACUUCUCAAAUGCGUCAGAGUUUAAACCAGAGAGAUGGAUGACCAGGUCUCCGGCGCAGAAACAUCAUGCCUUCGCCUCUUUACCAUUCGGCUACGGCAAACGAAUGUGUCUUGGUAGAAGAUUUGCUGAGUUGGAAAUACAUACUGUCAUUUGUAAGAUGAUACAAGCCUUCAAAAUGGAGUAUCACCACGAGCCAAUGGACUAUCACAUUCAUCCAAUGUACACGCCGAAUGGACCAAUCAGAAUAAAAAUGACGGAUCGGUAGAUUUACCGCUUGUAUAUAACUUAGUGUUAGCAUUGUAAUGGUCUAGGAAUGCUAAAAGCAAACUGGAUUUAAAGCUCAAUUAUAUAGUUGCAAUAAAAUUGUAUUAUAAUUCUCGUGAGACAUAUUAUUGUUAAAUUUAUUGUGUUCAACACGCGGCCCUUGGAAGCACGACGUUCGUCGCGUCUGCAUGAAUAUGAGCCCCUAAGGUGGCUAGAAACUUGUCGACUUGCUUCGGCAAACUGUUACACAAGCUGUUAAACACAAUUAUUAAUAUAAUAAUUGUCUUACAGCCGUACUCAGAGUUAUUGAAUGGUUACUUAACCCAGUCCUUAGCAAUUGUUUUCGAUACAAAAUCGUUAGUAAGAAAUAGUGUAAGUAAUUAUUAAAUGACUCUGAGUGUGGCUGUUAGUGUUUUAGUCUUAGGGACUGUUUCACAAUAUUAUAUCUAGAUUUGUAUCAGACAAAGAAUUGUAUGAACUAUCUAUCAUAUAAGUCUAUUGGAUAUUUGAAUGAAGGUGGUGAAACAGACGCUUAGGGCACUUCAUAAACGACAUUGUGUUUGUGUCUAUACUAAAUAUUUUUUAUCUAUUAUGGUAUUAUUAGUGUGGAUGUAAAACUGUAAGUUCUACCUAUGUUAAUUCACAUUUUACUUGGCAUUAACUUAUUAUUGUAUACACAAAAAUAAAUUUUAUCUGAUUAUUAGUAUCUACUACUACCAAAAACAUCAUUUUAAUAUGUCUUUUAGGUGAUCUUGUGUUCGUUAAGUUACCAUUUCAAUUAUGUGUAACAUAAUUAUGUAAAUAUUGUUAUUAUAUUAGAUACAUAUAGUUGGGAAAUAAUUAUGUUGUGUUUUGUAAAUAAAAUGUCUUUCAU